ACAUAUAUAUGUAUAACAUGGGAGUAAAAGUUGCCGCUGUAUACCUGGUUCUGAUCAUUUGCACAUUCCAAGAUGUUGAAGUAAAAAGUAUGAGAGUGUCAAGACAAGUUACUUCUGAUUUUCAAAGCCAAGUUACAAACAGCGUGAACGCAAGUGAUAAUUCUUUAGCGGAGAACGUUGGACAAGUUAUUGAUGGUACAACAUUUAACUUACAGCUAUGCCCUACUUGUUCUGGACAAUCUAAGUCUUAACAUCUAAACUGCCUGAAUUCGAAAUAACGAUAAAUAUCAAUCAGUCCUGGAAAAUUGUUGUUAUUAACGUUUAAUACAUUUGAAUAGCAUUACAA